CACUCCUCAGGGCAACAGGCUCUUGUGCCUGGCUGCACCCCAUCCCACCCUGCGUGGGGUAUCAGCUUUUCGUGCUGGAACUCCAGCUGUUUCCUUAUCAAGCACCGUUGCUUUUAUUUAGCAUGAAUCCCCAGCUCUAAUUCUGUUGCACGGGAUAAGCGCGACUUUAUGCUGUUGUUUUGAAAAGAGUUGCCUUUCUGUUCCGCCGCGGGCCGGGCGGUUCGCAGGGAGUUUCGCUGUCGGCGGCUCCAGGAAAAGAGCGUUCGACCUCGCAACGGGCAGCGUCCAUCCUCCCCGUCCCGUGAGCUGCGUUUUGGGGUGGUUUGCAAGGUGCUUGAAACACAUCUGGGUGGUUUGCAGCGCGAUCUCUGGAUCGUCAGACCCCGGCCCGUACCAGCACCCCUGAGGUGCUGCGCUGAGCAGGGUCCCACUGGUGUGUCCCCCCCUCCCGGCACGGGGACAAGCCAGCACUCCCCAAAUCACCCGAAUCUUGCUCCCGUGUCUGCGCGCUCACACUGGCAGUUAGAAUCUCUGUAGAAUUGCAAGCCCGGGCUGCGCGACGGAGCUGGGACGGUGUGUCCCAGCACGGUAACGGUGCGGGAUGAACUCUUGGGCUGGCGGGGGUCAGCGCUGGCAGUUUGUGUCGCUGGGGCUCGGCGCCGGUUUCUGAUGCCAGGUCAGAGCUGCUCAGGGUCCCUCCUGUGCCGCAGACACAUCCUCUCUUCUGGGGCACAAGCUGUUUUUGUCAGCCCUCUAAGGAUCAACCCACAAGCAACAGAUUCUACCGUGUUUAUUCCGUGUUUCUCAAGACUUUCCCCACCUUCCUUAUUCUGCAAAGAUGAAAAUAAGAUGGAGGAAAUCCCUUCCCCACACUGGCUCGUGAGACCUGGCUUCAUCUCACCCACCCUUUGUGUGACUUGGGGUUUGCAGAGCAGAGCUGCUGGCAGUGGCGCGUUGUCCUCUGUCCCCGCGGGUUUCCUCUCCCACUGCUGAGGCUCCUGAUGUUUGUUUUUGGGGGUUUGUCCCCGCGCGGGGCCGGCUGUGGGCAGCUCUGCUGGCCCCAUCCCCGAUGCUCCUGACACGGAGCAAUGAGCCUGCCCGCCUCUGCCCCGGCUUGGCUUGCUUUUCCCCACCAUGUUUUUAUGGGAUUUCUUCUUUUCUGCUUCCCCUCGCAGCUUUGCUCUGACUCCUGCCCCAAGCCCCAUCUACCAGAUAGUUUUUUAGAUUUUAAUGACCGGCUCUUGAUUACUCCCCUGUGUUUCCUGACCCUCGCCAUUGCCGUUAUCUUCCUUGCUGGGGAGGCGUUUAUUCAUCUUUGACCGCUUUUCAUUUCCUCUCCGUGUGUUUUUCCUAAUGCCUAAUCAAUGAGCCACCGCGGCAGCGAGCUGAAGCCACCACAAGUGCCAGGAGUUUCAGGGGGGUGGGGGUCCCACGGGAGGGCAGGGGCAGCCCCCUCUCCAAAGCACCGGAGGAGCAGAGGUCUGCCUUGCUUCUCCCUUUCUGGCAUUUCGAAUGUGAUAAGAUAAUCUUGGGUUUCCUCUUGCCUUCAUGGCGAGGCUCCCUUGGCGCUAUAGCUGCGCAUCCUGGCCCAUGAUAGCAGUAAUUUUGAGGGCAAAUAAAUAAUUUCCUCUGCCUUUAGUCACCAAGUAGCCACGUACCAUGUGGGAAGGUGUGUUUUCAGCUUUGGUGCUAAGUCUGCCCGGCCUGCCUGUCCUGGGCAGCCCAUGGCCACGGUGAGGCUUUUGGGGAGACCGAAAUGGGCCAUUGAGUCUUUGGGCAUCAAGGCCGUGACGAUUUAUUACCAGGGAUUAAAUUGAAGGUGCCCUGGGGCAGCCUGGCGAGGCAGAGCCGGUACCCGGGCUGCGAGGGGAUGCGCAGCCCCUCGUGCUCAUGAGACGGGGACCUGAGCGGGGUGCGGGAGGGUGCUCCCCCCUCCUCGGGAUUUCGGUGCCCGCUGGCAGCCCUUGGCCAGGCUCCCCGCGGCAGCAGCACGGGGCUGCGCCGAGUUUCUCACCCCUUAAACCUGCCGGCACCGCGAGAGGCAUCGAGCCUCAGCGUGGGCGCCAGGCGAGUCUGCAGCAGCGGGAGGAGGAGGAAGAGGAGGAACGGAGCUUGCCAGGCGCGAGGCCGAAUCCAGGCUUCCCCAUGGAGCCGUUCCUGGCUGCGGAUGCUGGGGCGGGCGCUUGGGGUGCAGGAUGGGGUGCUCGCAGUUCCCCCGCGCCCAGGACCCGCGGCACCGCGGCCAUGUCUCUGCCGGGGAGCAGACGCUCGUCCACCGGAUCACGAAGUCGCGGGGUUUAUGGACGGAGUGGCUUUGCCUCCUUCUUUAAGUCUUCAGCGCCCUCAGCCACUCGGCCUGAGACACAGCCUCUUCUCCCUGCCUCCAGGCGCCCCUCGCCCCCCGGGAGGGACACCUACGGCACCUCCUCGCUGAGCAGCAGCAGCAAUUCUGGCUCCUGCAAGGGCAGCGACAGCAGCCCCACCCCAAGGCGCUCGGCCAAGUACAACCUCUGCAGCGACAACCAUGGGAUAAAGCCGCCGACGCCGGAGCAGUACCUGACCCCCCUGCAGCAGAAGGAGGUUUGCAUCAGGCACCUGAAAGCUCGCCUGAAGGACACGCAGGAGCGGCUGCAGGACAGGGAUGCUGAGAUCGAGGACCUGAAGACGCAGCUGUCGCGGAUGCAGGAGGACUGGAUCGAGGAGGAGUGCCAUCGCGUGGAGGCCCAGCUGGCGCUGAAGGAGGCCCGCAAGGAGAUCAAGCAGCUGAAGCAGGUCAUCGACACGGUGAAGAACAACCUGCUGGAGAAGGACAAGGGGCUCCAGAAGUAUUUCGUGGACAUCAACAUCCAGAACAAGAAGCUGGAGACGCUGCUGCACAGCAUGGAGGUGGCGCAGAACGGGGCGCUGAAGGAGGAGGGGGCCGGCGAGUCGGCCGGGGGGUCCCCAGCCCGAUCCCUCACCCGCAGCUCCACCUACACCAAGCUGAGCGACCAAGGGGCCGGGGACCGCAACGUGGGGGGCUCGCAGACCAUCUCGCUGGACGAGGGGGCCGACAGCGGCUUCGCCGGGGGGGAGGAGGCUCCCGGCCACACGGACCCGCUGGACGGGGGGGGCGAGCCCGGCGGCCGCCUGCCCCCCAGCUCCACCUACGAGAAGCUGCUGGGGCUGCGGGGCGGCGUGGAAGCCGGGGUGCAGGCCAGCUGCAUGCAGGAGCGGGCCAUCCAGACGGACUUCGUGCCCUGCCAGCCCGACCUGGACACCAUCUUGGAGAAGGUGAUGAAAUCCCAGGCUUGCAGCUUGGGCAGCCCCACCUCGGCUUGGGUCUCCGAAAUGGAAGACGUGAUGCCCGGCCCCGAGUUCUCCAACCCCGCCGGGGCCACGGACCUGCUGGCGGCCGAGCCCGACGCGCUGACGGCGGGUGCCGGGGCCGAAGGGGUUGCCCCCCGUAACCCGACGGUGCGGCAGCCCCCCAGCGCCAACCCCUCCGUGGCCAUCGCCUGCGCGGCCGACGAGGAGACGGCGGAGGUGACCGGCUGCGAGGCCGCCCCUUCCAAGAGCUACUGGAGCCGGCAUUUCAUCGUGGAUCUGCUGGCCGUGGUGGUGCCGGCCGUGCCCACCGUGGCCUGGCUGUGCCGCUCGCAGCGCCGGCAAGGCCAACCCAUCUACAACAUCAGCUCGCUGCUGCGGGGCUGCUGCACCGUGGCCCUCCAUUCCAUCCGCAGGAUGGGCUGUCGCCCCGUCGCCAGCCCCGGGGGCAGCACCCAGCCCUGACACCCGCCUCACACCCCCCCUCAGCCCCCCCAGCAGCCCCCCCCCCAGUACCACCAGCUCCCCCCGCACAGACCCGACCGCCUGAUUGUAAAGCCCCGGCGUGUCCCCGCUCUCCCACGGGGGCUGGGAGGGGGGGGGGGUGGGGGGAGUGAUGGUGUCUUUUUGUCGGUUCUGGGGCUGGGGGGGUGUGGGAAGGGGCCACGGGGAUGCAUCAGGCUGUGUUGCCUUCCCCCCCCCCCAAAAAUCUCCUUUUUCCUGGAGGAGGGAAAGGACCGGUGCUGGAAGAGAGGGGGCCAAGCGGUGGUGCAGGAUGUGGCCCCCAAGCAUCACGCUGCAACUCACCCCCGCCCCCCCCCCCCCCCCAAUGGGCACCUGGGGCUGCUGGGUGGGGGGGUACAGGGCUGCACCCCCCCGGGCAGGCUCUCCUUUGGGUUGUCUUUGCCCCGCCGCGGGCAGGCAAUGGCGAGGAGCCUCCUGGCAGUGGGAAGAGCUGGGGGUUUGGGGGGGGGGGGGGGUGUCGCAGCAGGAACACACCCCCCCCCACGCCCCCCCCCCCCCCCCCCCAUCAGGAGCAUUUCUUGCUCCAGGUGCAGCAACGUUUGGCUGCAGCGGGGAAUGAUAUGGGGACACACCCCCCCCCCUCUCCCUGGGAUGCGGGGACCAGCUCUGGAGCGGUUUGGGGGGGCAGCAGGGGCCCGUGGGGCACCUCCCCCCCGGUGCUGCCCCGCUUCAGUGUCCGUCCCCCUCCCCGCACCGGGACCCGACCGGGCUGGGGCUCCGGUAUCACCGAGCAAGGCCGAGCAGCCCCGGGAGGAGCCUCCAUCCCUCCCUCCCUUUGCUUUGCACUAUAUUCAAUUUUUUUUUUUUUUUUUUUUUUUUUUGGUACAGCCUGUAGCCUUCUGGUUGGGGCGGGGGGGGUGCUGAGGUGGCGGCAACUCAGUGACCGGUGGGGACACACACACACACCCCCCCUGACUCUGGCCACAGUGGAGCGGGAUGGGGUUUUGGCAGCGGCGGUGCCGGUGAUCCCCUUCCCUGGGCUGGAGCUGGGGGGCUGCCGGUGCCGGGGGGGGGGGGGCAGCGAGGGGGUGCGGGCAGGGCUUUACCUGCCCCAGCCCAGCCAAAUCCCCUCUUUGCUAGCGGCCUCCAGGAAAAAAAAAAAAAAAAAAAAAGGCAAAAAAAAAAAAGGCAAAAAAAAAGCGCCUUUUUUUUUUAAUUUUUAUUUUAUUUAUUUAUUUGAAAAGCAAAGACAGCAAGGAUUGCUCAGCGGGGGCUGGCGAGGCGUGAGACUCGGGGCUCCCCCGGGCGCGCCGUGCUCCCACCCCCAUGAAUGUCUGUGGCUUCUUCGUGACUUGAACUAACAGUGUUUUCCCCCCCCCCACUCCCCAAACCCCACUCCACCACCCGUGGGUGCUGCCGGUGGGGUGCCCCGGGAGCCGGGAUCCACCGGUGCGGGCACACGCCGUGUCCCCCGGCCGGGGCGCGGGGCAGCGGCAGCCGCUGGUGAAAUAUUUGGGGAGAAAAGGUGGCAAAGCAGCCGGGGCGGCUGAUGUAAGCGGAGCUAGGAUAUACGCCUCUUGUGCAAUGUAUUUGUGGAUCUGUGUACACGUCUGUUAGACUAUCCAAAGCUUUGCCAAGAAAUAAAUGUAACGAUUAUAUUUGAAAGACAAAUCUAUAUAAUAUAUUUUUUAAAAUACAGAACUGAAAAAGCUGUAACAACACCUUCCCCCCCCCCCCCCCCCCCCCUUUUUCUUGUUUCCCCUGUCCUGUACUCGCUGUCUGUGGUGGAUGUAAUAAACGUCGCUGGGUCCGUG